UCCUCAUUUUGGAAAUCUAUCAAUAUGUUCGACCAUUCUUGUGGUGUUUAAUGGACAAUUAACAAUAAUUAUAAGAUACACAGUAACAGUAUGAUGACGUUAAAGAUUGUAGUUGCUGUAAUUUCCCUUUUUAUCGUAAAAGUGUUUGGAGAAAACGAGAAACAUUGUCCCGUAUCUGCCUUGAUAGAACACUUUCAUGUUCGACAAGCUUAUCCUGAUGUAAAAGAUUUUAUUCCUCAUGGAACCACAUUGACAGUUAAAUGCAAAUCUACGAGAGAAUUUUCCUGGGCUUUUUGCCAGAGCGGUCAAUGGACAGUAAAAGAUAAAGACUGUUCUUCAGCAGUUACCAAAGAACUAGCGAAACCUUUAAAAAGAAGAAAACGCGGAUGGUUUCGGCGAAUUGUCAGAUUUGUUGGCAAAGUUGUUUGCAGUAUAUUCAGUUGUCCUAGACCAAGACCACGCGAUACAACUAGACCACAGAUUAGUAGUUGUCCAUCAGACAGAACAGUAACAGCUAUUCCAUUUCAGCUUCAUACCUUUGUUGAUUGGACGCCUCCUACAGCAUGGGACAACAGAGACGGACAAAUCAGCGUUCAUAUAAAUGGUCCCUACAGUCCUGGUGGUCCAUUCUUUGAACGAGAUGGUAGACCCACAACAGUUGGCUAUUAUGCCCGAGAUCAAGCAGGAAACAUGGCAACAUGCAACUUCAACAUUUAUGUAAAAGUUAUACGAUGUCCAGUGCGUUCGAGCAGCAUACCAGACGGAUAUAGAGUCUGUCAUCCGAGUAGUGAUAUGGUUUUAGGAGCAGUCUGUUGGUAUGGCUGUUACCAAGGACAUACACUGAAAGGAGCACCAUCACGAAUAGAAUGUUUAGAAACAGGCGAAUGGUCAAGUCAAAACGAGCCAUAUUGUGAAAAAAAACAGUGUUCAACAAUUGUACAACGUGGCCAGCUAAGUUUUUCGUGCACAGCAGAUUUUUACUUCAGAUCUAUAUGUACAUUUGGAUGUGAUGCAGGAUUCGAUAUUCCUACAAAUCAGAGGAGAACUAAAGUUUGUCUGGCAUCAGGGACAUGGAACGGAUACGAUCCAGAUUGUGUUGACGUUGAACCACCUUCUUUUGAACAAUGUCCAAACACCUUAAUGUUCUAUCCUGGAGAUAAUAAAGACACUGCCUUUAUCUCCUGGGACAAACCAGUAGUAAUAGACAACAAAGACAAGGGAUUAGAACCUACACAAAUAAUAGGUCCACCACCAGCAUCCGAACAAGGAGUUAAUACGUAUACUGUCAGGUAUACAGUUAAAGAUUUAGCAGGAAAUGAAGGAAGGGAGUGUUCAUUUGAUAUUGUGAUUAAACAACUGAGAUGUCCUAAGUUAUAUCCACGACCUUAUAUGAAGUUAAACUGUACAGGAACAAGGCGUGGUUCUGAAUGUGCUUUCUCAUGUCAAGAUAACUCCGUUUUAGUCGGUACAAACAACACCUACUGCAAUAGAAAUGGAAGUGAUCCCUACGCAAAUUGGGCUAUGGAUUUCCAUCCGUUCUGUAAACUAUCAAAUGGUUGUCCAGAUAUUGUACCACCGGACAAUGGAGCUAUGGCGUGUGACGUGUGGGUUGGUGGACGAUUCUGUCACCCGUUGUGUUCUCAUGGAUAUUCUGUAAUUGUUUCGUUACCAAAUUUCAUGGUUUGCAUAGAAAAUGGAAUUUGGACGAAUCACAAAAAGUUGUCAGACUGUUAUCCAACAGCAAACUCAACACGUAGAUAUGUUACAAUGGCAGCUGAGUUUUAUUUCACGGGAAACUGCAACGAUCCAGAAACUCAGGCAGAGAUAAAGGAAAGUUUUAUGGCUGCAGUUCAAAAUUCCAAAUCGUUUAUGGUAAAGAAAAUGUGCAGGAGUCCUGAAUGCAAUAUUGGAAACGUAAAGGUGAUUUGUCCACAAAAACAGAAGAAAAGGUCAACAGAUACCAUGAUCAUCAACACUGAAAUUUAUUUCGAGUCUGGAAAUGAUUCACUUACAUCACAGCAAUAUGAAGCUGAAGUGAAUACUGUUACAGAGUUUAUUAAUUCCCUUGAAACAGAUCUAAAAUCGGACAACUUUACUCUCACCAGCGAUGACGAGUACGCUAAUCUUCUAGAAAUGACAUCAAAUGAAUUACUUCUAGAUUGCCCUGCAAAUUCUGUGCCUGUAUUCAAUACUAUUAUUGCCUGUGUGCCGUGUCCAGCAGGUACGUUUUAUGACGGCAGUUCAAAAACCUGUAGUACAUGUUCCAGAGGUUCAUACCAACCAAAUUUUGCUCAAGAUGACUGCAUUCCAUGUCCGUAUACUCAGACAACAGCCAGAGUUGGUGCUAUAGGUGUAUCAGAAUGUGAAGAUGCUUGUGAACCUGGUACCUGGUCUUUGACUGGUAUCCCACCAUGUGUAGAAUGCGAUGUUGGUUAUUACGAGAGCAACUAUGGUUCAACAGUCUGUAAACAAUGUCUAGGAAAUCGCAUUACAUUGAUGGAAAAAAGUGACAAUGUAUCUUUUUGUGUUGAUUACGAUGUUGUUUUCCCAAACAGCACAGAACCUGCUUACACAGAGUUGCAAAUAAGUGAUAUUCCACUUCAAACACCAUUUGUGAUGACUUUUCAUAUACACUGUCAAACUUCAUGCAGAGGAACUUUUUUCGCCGUAGAUUCUUCUGCAUCUGACCACAUUGAGUUGACGUCUGAUUUGUUAACUAUUAACACAAACUCAUCUGAUGCUUUUGAUGGUCUUGAUUUGUCAAAGAAAUGGUUUCACAUUACAUUACAUAUUAACACAAAUGAUAGUUCAUUAUUUGUUGAUGGAGAACUGCAUAAAAUAUAUGAAAACAACGUUAAUUUUACUCAAGAUCUUGACUUAAAUAUAACUUUAGGAGGAGAUAACUUCAUUGGAGCUAUUUCACAGUUUAGCAUAGUUUCCCAGCAAGCGUAUAUGAAUAAUGAACAUUUGUAUUCGAAAUGUAAAAGUGAAGGUUUGUCUUCGGGAUUCGUCAACUGGAAUGAGUUUGUUUAUAGCAAUCUGAUGAAUGCAUACAUAAAUAUUCCAUCCAAAUGUGAUGAUUAUGAUAAUUGCCAAAUAAAUCCUUGUGUAAAUGGAAGCUGUACUGACAAACUUUUGGGAUACACUUGCGCUUGUGAUGUUGGUUUUACGGGCACUAACUGUGAUACAAAUAUUAAUGAUUGUGCUGUACAUGUCUGCCAGAAUAAUGCAACCUGCAUAGAUGAAGUGAAUAAUUAUGCGUGCUCAUGUGACUAUGGAUAUACAGGAGAGUUAUGUGAAAUUACAAUGGUUGACGGCAGUUGGUCUGACUGGGAUAAUUGGACAGAAUGUUCUGUUAGCUGUGGUAAUGGUACAAUCCAACGUUGGCGGGCAUGCGCAGAUCCCCUUCCAGAUAAUGGAGGAAAACUGUGUGAAGGAUCAGAUACAGAAAUCGAAAUAUGCAGCUUAGAAUCUUGUCGAGAAUGUACAGAGUUAGUUGAACCAAGCAACUCUUCCUUGUCCUGUGUAAACAACAGCAAUACAAUUACAUGUGUACUAAGCUGCGACGAAGGAUUCGACUUUGACCACGAUGUCAAAGAAGAAUAUGUGUGCGGAAAUGAAACAUACUACUACUGGGAUUUUCAGACAAAUAAUAACCCGUAUGGUCGACUACCGCACUGUACAGAGAUUAUCCAAUCAACAAAAAUUCACGUCAAUCACACAGCGUAUUACGACUUGGAUGGAUGCGAUACUUCAUUCACUGCCGAUGUCAAAAACAACAUUACGGCUAGAAUUGAGUCAGCUGCCCAUCAACUUACAUGUGUGACGUCAAACAUCUGUACCAUAUCAAGCAAUGAAGUUAUAAAUUGCGAUAUUUCACAAAAGAAUUUAGACACUAACUCUUCUGUUGGUUUUACAGUGAAAUUAACAUGUGAUACAACUACGCAUGGAUUAGAGACCUGUGUUUAUGGAUUCGGAGACGCCGUCACAGAACUUAAAGAAUUGGAAAACGGAACUGAGUUAGAUCUUCCACACAAUAGUAUCAUAUAUAAGAUUGUACAGAAUAGUUCUACAUCUGAAAUCAGUUUAAAUUGUCCAUCUGGCACAGUUCCUGUUAUUGCAUACUGCGUACCUUGUAGCAUUGGUCAUUUCUGUUCAAAUGAUGAAUGUCUGUCAUGUGACAAAGGAACAUAUCAAGAUCAAAAAGGCCAAAUGUUUUGUUUUUCAUGUCCUAAGGGAAUGACCACAGAAGGAACAGACUCUGUUUCCAUUGAUGACUGUUGUGUACCAAUACCACUAUCUGGUAAAGAGAAUACUUUGAGCAUUAUCUUAGCAGUAUGUACAAGUUGCACUAUCCUUGGUAUUUUGGUGGGUGUUAUUGUGGUAUAUUGCAGACAAAAAGGAAUUUGCAAAUCGUAUAAAAUGAGUAAUGAUUGGGAUAAUGACUAUACAAUGGACGAUGGCUGUUAUAAGAUUAGUAAGCCUAUAAUAGACCCAACAGCAAUAGCAACUAUUGAAGGAUUUGAUUUUGACACUAUCCCAUUAGGUGUAAACUCUCCAAGUCCCGUUAGCUAUUCUUCACCGCCAACAACCAUGGAGCAAGACAAAGCAAAAAAUGUUUCAAAGCUCGCAGAGAGUGAUGAGGAUGAUGAUGAGCGGUCAAUCUUGUAGAGAGAAUGUUGGACACCCGAAUCGUUGAAUGGCAUUAAAGUUGAUUGUUGAUAAUGAAAUAUAUCACAUCAGCUUAUAUCGAAUUUAUACUGUAGUUCGUCUAAACAUGUCAUGAAUACAUAUUUUUUUUUCGUAAUGAAUAGAUAUCGUAAAUGUUUCUGCAUGUAAAUAGUUAAUAAAAAGCUUCAUUUAGAUUU